GCGAGCCAGCAUUUUGUGUGUUUAUAAUUUGCAGAGUGACCGUUUUGGGGUCGGCGCGCGCCCGCUCAGCCCUGGGAGGGAAGCUCAGCGAUCGAUCGGUCGGCAGGAAAUCGGUCGUGACACUUGCAUGCUCGCGAUUGCCCCAGUCGGACGCUUGCAAUGCAAGACGAGGAGAUUUUCGUCAAGGAGCAGCAGCCAAAACUGCUCCAGAAUUUGGGGAAGAGAGCGUUUGUCCUGGCGCGAUAUGCCGCCACCAAAGCUGUCGAGCUUCCCAGGCCUCUGGGUCCGUCCAUCGCCUUGGCCGAAAAUUUCCUAGAGCCGAUCUUCCAUGCUGCGGGGACCCAAGGGCUCGAUCUUCUCAAAUUCCUGGAUGAUCGAAUCUAUGUCGUUGGCGAGGCCAUCGAGACAUGCCUCCACAGCGCGAUCGAUGUGAUCAACUACCCCAGGAAAAUCGCGGGUGAGUUUCAGAAACGAGGGAUCGUUGGCUCUGCCGCCGACAUCUGGGUGGAAUACAAGGAUCCCGUGACGAACAUUGUCCACAAGCUCCCGGGCUCGGGCUUGGUCUCACCUGUUUUCCAUGGACUGGGCGAGGCCCUGGCACUUGACCGGAUCUCCAAGUGGCUGGUGGAGCACAGCGAGGUGAGAAACCAUGAUCUCCAGGGAGGGAAGCUCAAAGAAGAAUCAGAAGAAGAAGUAGAAGAAGAAGAAGAAAACCACGCGUUUGUGGAAGCAAAGGUUGUGGAUCAAGAGUUUGUGGCGGACAAGAUUGUCGAAGAUCAUGGCCACGACAAGGAGGAAGAAGACAAGGAGGAAGAAGACGAUGAACUUACAAAGUUGCUAGAUGCUGGCUGGGGACUAGGAGGUGUCUAGUAGGUAAAGUUAUAUUUUCUAGCUCACCUUUUGUGCAUAGUACAAACUUUUAAGGAAUAUAUUUAGAAUAUUGAGAUAUA